UCGUCUAGCAAUAUUAAACGACGAGGAAGUCCAUAAGGCGGAGGAGAAAGAAAGAAGAAGCGAGCUCGUGGCAUGUUUUUUAAUUCCACGCCGAUAGUCUUCAUCUGUUUACGGAAUCCAUGUACGAAGCUGAGGAUGAGUUUAUUAAAUACCGCUCUCCCCUGGUCUCCCGGUACGCCAGCAAGGAAAUGGCUUUUAAUUUCAGUGAGAGAAAAAAGUUCAUAACGUGGAGGAAGCUGUGGAUCUACCUGGCGAAGUCAGAGAAGGCGCUGGGGCUGUCCAUCACUGACGCUCAGGUUAGUGAGAUGGAGGCUCACGUGGAGGACAUUGACUUUGCCAAGGCGGCUGAGGAGGAGCGCAAACUUCGGCAUGAUGUCAUGGCUCACGUCCACGCUUUCGCCUACUGCUGCCCCACUGCAGCUCCCAUCAUCCACCUGGGUGCUACCUCCUGUUACGUGGGAGACAACACAGAUCUGAUUAUGCUCCGUGAUGGAUUCAACAUCCUGUUGCCCAAGUUGGCCCGUGUUAUUGAUAGAUUGGCUAACUUUGCGAAAAAAUACGCUGACUUACCAACUCUGGGCUUCACCCACUACCAGCCAGCUCAGUUGACUACAGUGGGCAAGCGAGCGUGUUUGUGGCUGCAGGAUCUGGUCAUGGACUUUCGCAACCUCAGGAGAGCUCGAGAUGAUCUACGUUUCCGAGGGGUGAAAGGUACCACAGGGACCCAAGCCAGCUUCCUGCAGCUCUUUGAUGGGGAUCAUGAUAAGGUGGAGGAACUGGAAAGAAUGGUGACUAAGAUGGCUGGAUUUAAAAGUUCGUAUUUAGUGACAGGACAGACAUACAGCCGUAAAGUGGACAUUGACUGUCUGACUGUGCUGGCUAGCCUGGGUGCCUCUGUACACAAGAUUUGUACUGAUAUCCGUCUGCUGGCGAACCUGAAAGAGAUUGAAGAACCAUUUGAGAAAGAACAGAUAGGUUCGAGCGCUAUGCCAUAUAAGAGGAACCCGAUGCGCGCAGAGCGCUGCUGUAGUCUCGCUCGUCACCUGAUGACGCUGGUGUUUGAUCCUCUGCAGACCGCCUCGGUGCAGUGGCUGGAAAGAACACUAGAUGACAGUGCAAACAGGAGAAUCUCUCUGCCUGAGUCCUUCCUCACAGCUGACAUCAUCCUCAGCACACUACAGAAUAUCACUGAGGGCCUGGUGGUCUAUCCUAAGGUGAUCGAGAGGCACAUCCGGCAGGAGCUGCCCUUUAUGGCUACUGAGAACAUCAUCAUGGGCAUGGUGAAGGCAGGAGGGAACAGGCAGGAUUGCCAUGAGAAGAUCCGGGUGUUGUCUCAGCAGGCGGCUGCUGUGGUGAAGCAGGAAGGUGGAGAUAAUGACUUCUUGGCUCGAGUGCAGGCUGACCCUUACUUCGCUCCUAUACUUAACCAGCUAGACGCCAUACUGGACCCUAAAACCUUCAUUGGCCGAGCACCACAACAGGUUGCCAGGUUUCUCUCUGAAGAGGUUAAACCUGUGCUUGAGGAAUAUAAGAGCGAGAUGGAUGUGAAGAUUGAACUGGACAUCUGAGGCACACACACAUCCUUAUAAACCUGCCAACAAACCUGCAAACCGAGGUUUUCUAAUGCGUCAUGUCAUUAUGAUGCUGCUUUACAUGUUACUGAAACAAAUAAAGUAAUUUAUGUCA